AAUAAAUUUUUCUUGAUAAAACAGUGUAUGUCAAACGUUGCCAAAAUAUCCACUAACUGUUCUUCUGUCAAAUGAUUUUUAUACAAUUUUGAUAAGAAAAGACAAAUAAUUUAGAUUACAACAAUACUAACGAGAUAUUUCAUGCGCUGAAAAUGGCCGCGAGUGAACCAGGUGUAUCAUCACUUUCUAGAAAAGAUAAUAAUUGGAGACAAGAUUUAAUUUUACAAUUACAAGAAAGGAACAGGAAACAAACAUAUUGUUUUGCGGAUCUUAUUAGUUUACAUAACAGAUUGUUUGAGAGUGCAAAUACGUUACGUGGAGAAAAUAUUCAACUAACUAUAGCAAAUGAAACUCUUCGUCGAGACGCAGCUAGUGGGACUCCUGGGUUAAGUGUAAAUGCUGAUCUUGAAGCCCGUCUUCUAAAGCAAGCAGAAGAAUUAGCAACGUUACAUAAAAGGAAAGGAGAGCAUACACAACAAAUAGUAGAUCUUAAUAAUAAAUUACAAGAAAUGAUAAAGGAGCUUCAAAUCAAGGAAACAAGUCUUGCGGAAAAUAUAGAGCUCAAUGCCAAUUUACGUUUAGAAAUAUCUAAAUACCAUAGUAGAGAAAGAGAGUUAGAAAAUAUUAAUCAAAUGUUAAAAGAUGAACACCAAGCUUUACAACUUGCUUUUGCAUCUUUAGAAGAGAAACUUAGAAAAGCACAGGAGGAAAACCGUCAAUUAUUAGAUCGUUUGAUUAAAUACAAAACUCGAGAUGCAGAAAAAGUGAAUGAAGAAAAUGACAACUUCUUGAAAAAAAGGCAAGCCAAGAUGCAAAAAGAGCUGGAGGACGCGGCUCGUGACACCCGACCUGUUAGCCCCGAUAGGUCGAGUUUAAAAGAAGGAAUCACUGGUCUUCCUACUGCGGUACCGACGAAAGUAUCCGUCACGUUUAAUGCGCACGACGGAGAAGUUUAUGCCGUAAAAUGGUCCCCAGACGAGAGGAUGCUUGCCACAGGCGGAGCGGACAGGAAAGUGAAGCUUUGGAAUAUCUCGAAAGGUGCCUCUGAGAGCAAAGGUAUCCUGGUUGGCAGUAACGCUGGUGUGAUGUGCGUCGAUUUCGACUCAACGGGCACCCUGAUCCUCGGAGCCUCGAACGACUAUGCCAGCCGCGUGUGGACUGUCAGCGACUUCCGGCUAAAGGGACAACUAUUCCCUGAAAUAGAAGAAUUCAUAAUAGCCAUACAAGACCAGGUAAUAGCCACAAAAAACUACUUAAAAUAUAUUAUCAAAAACCCAGACAUACAAGACGAUAAAUGCAGAAAAUGCAAGCAAUUCACAGAAACAAUAGACCACAUCACAGGAGGAUGUAAAAUACUCGCGGGAAAAGAAUAUACAGAAAGAGAUAACACAGUAGCUAAAAUAAUUCACAAAGCAAUCCUCAACACCAACAAUACAAAACAAGACUAUACACCAUACUGCAAAUAUACACCAACAGCAAUAAUCGAAAACGAAGAAUACAAAUUAUACUGGGACACAACAAUACACACCGAUAAAACAAUAAACCACAACAGACCAGACUUCACACUCAUGAAAAAGAAAGAAAAGAAAACAUACUUAAUCGACAUUGUAAUACCCAAUGAUGCAAAUAUAGAACAAAAAUACAAAGAGAAAAUAGAAAAAUACACACCACUAGCACAGAAAAUUAAAAGAAUAUGGAAACAACAGAAAGUAAAUACAAUACCAAUAAUAAUAUCAACAACGGGAAUAACACCAUACACACUCGAAAUACACCUAACGCAAUUGAAGAUACCAACACACAUCCACCAUAAAAUACAGAAAGCAACGAUACUACAUACAUGCAAUAUCACCAGAAAUUUCCUCAACGAUAUAAGUUGA